AUGAGUGAAAAACAAGAUGAAUCUCUCAGUGUUCAUAGCCCUUACUACCUGCACCCUAGUGAAAAUCCAGCAAUCGCAUUAGUUUCACCUCUUUUGGAUCCAACGAAUUACAAUUCUUGGAGCAGAUCAUCCUUCACGACCCUGAGUGCGAAGAAUAAAGUAGAAUUUGCUGAUGGUUGCCUUCCUCGAUCAACCUCGAAUCAUAGAUUGUACGCAGCUUGGAAAAAAGCGAAUAACAUGGUGGUUUCAUGGCUUGUACACUUAGUUGCAACUUCCAUUCAUCAAAGCAUCUUAUGGAUGGACAACGCGGUUGAUAUCUGGAAAGAUUUGAAAGCACGAUACUCACAAGGUGAUUUGCUUCGAAUUUCUAAUUUACAACACAAAUUAGCUUCAAUUAAACAAGGAGACAUGAAUAUUACUGAUUAUUUUACAAAGCUGGGAACAAUUUGGGAUGAGCUUGAGAGUUAUCAACCCAAUCCUAUGUGUAGAGAUAAUCACACAGUAGAAACAUGUUAUAAGAAAAAUGGUUUUCCACCUAACUUCUUCUCCAAUAGAGGAGGUGGAGGUAGAGGUUUUGGUAGAGGGGGGACAAGAGGCAAAAACACCAAUGGUAAAGUUUGCACCCACUGUGGUAUCAUUAAUCAUACAGUGGAUGAGUGUUAUAAGAAGCAUGGUUAUCCACCUGGUCACAAAUUCUAUAAACCUCAAGGAGCUUCAGUUAAUAACACUAUUAAGGAAGAAGAAAAUGUUUCAAGUUCAUAG